CAACGUAAAGAAGACUGUCAAGCCAGGAAAACGGAAAUACCAGGAGCUUGGGCAGGAUGCGAUCUUUUCCUUAAACUAAAGGAUGGUUUGUUAAUUAUUAAGAAGGAAAAACUCAUAUAACAUCGCCGUAGACCAAACUGCAGAUAUGACCAAUGUGUAUUCCUUUGACGGCAUCCUUGUGUUUGGGCUGCUGUUCAUCUGCACAUGUGCAUACCUCAAAAAGGUGCCUCGGCUCAACAGCUGGUUGCUGUCAGAAAAGAAAGGAGUGUGGGGCGUCUUCUACAAAGCUGCAAUAAUUGGGACACGGCUUCACAUCCCUGUGGCAAUUUCCUGCUUGAUCAUGGCCUUUUACGUCAUCUUCCUGAAAUGAUAAUCAGCCUGGACUGGAGGGACUGGAUGGCUGCAGGCUGGGAAUGGACUCAUUUCUGUGGUCCUGUGUUAAUCCUCACUCUGGGGGUCUCCUAAGUGACAGAUGAUACCCCACUGGGCAUGUGGACCCCUUGUAAAUAUUAAGCCAGUGCUGCCCCCUUCUGGUGACUAGGAAUUCAAACCCUCCCUGUAUAUUUGUGCACUACAGACAUGGGGGACUGUGAAUCUACAGAGAAGGCCCACAGGUUCACUUGAUUCCAUUCUAUUGUUGGGUUAUAUUGAUGGCUCUCUCUAACUUACACACUCACUGGGUUAUUAUUAUUAUUGUACUGAAGGACACGGGAGGUUGAAUGGAUAAAUGUACAUGCUACAUUUUACCUGUGUCCUAUUCAAGUUUUGCCACGCUAUACCUAGCAAAGAAAAAUAAAUAAAUAAUAGAAAUCAAAUGAUUCAUUCAACCUGCUCCUAGUUAUGCUGUUUCUGUGUUGCCUUUCCUGGUACUGGUGGAGGGAAAGAUAUACAAAGCUAAUAUAUAAAUAUGGUUACACUAUUUUCUUUUAUUAAUUUUACAAAAUUCUUUUAUUUUGCCAAUUUUCUGAGUAGAGCUAUUUGACAUCUCAUCUCAACUUGUUCAGAUCUCAACAGUUUUUUGCAUUAUCUAAUCUAAUAAUUAGGAUGAUUUCAUUUUUAGUCUAGUUACAACCACAACUUUAUUGUACUUUACUGGAAUUGAAUGGGAUAUCAUUUAACUGACUGGUGAAGAUUUGUAAAGCAGAUGGGGGAGGGGAAGACAAAACCUAAAAUUCUCUGAAUUUGAUAUCAGAUCUGAUGUAUCUAAGUUACUUUGUAAACUUUUGGCCACGCAUGGCUUUAAGUCUCACUUUCCAGGGUUUCAAGCAAUUUCCAGAGGAUUGGUCGGCUAGUUCAAGAAUAUGCUUCAGUGGCGACAUUAAGGUCCUGUCAGAAGGUGAACUUUUCCCUCUGUGUGGAGCAGGCCUCUUGAGGUUCAGUGUCCUUUAUCUUCUAGAACUGAAAUACUUAAAGCUGGAGCUCCUAGCAAAAUCCCCACAGCACAAUGCUGCCACCACUAUACCUCUGAGGAGUAGGUGUGGUGCAAUGUUAGUUUUCUUAUUCAUGUUGGUCGCUCUUAGGCUUUCACCAAACUUCUGCAGUUUUACUAAAAUUAAAUCAUAGGGAGCAAGAUUCAUUUUACUAAUUACGUCUGAUGACUCUGGUUUUACUGGAUUUUAUUUAGAGGGUUUAAAGUAAAGGGGAAUGACUUUAUGCCUGCCACACUUUUAGAUUUCUAUUUACAGAUUAUUUUUAGACUCUGGUGUCCUUUAUUUUUGUCAGUUUUUGAAAGUAGGCAGACAGGAAAUGGGAUUUAAGAGAAGAGGAAGACGUGUGGCAAAGGUCAUGUGGCUCGAUUCAGACUUAUGACAGCUGCAUCGAGGAAUAAAAGCCUCGGCACGAGUCGCGCACUUAACCCCUGCACCAUUAUGCCCACACUUUUAAAUUUCUCUAUGUCCAUAAAAAUUUAUCCGAAAGUUAAUUUUAGCAUCACUUAACAUCUUCAAAUGAAGGUAAUGCCUAAGUAAAUGUAUUCGACUUGCCUGAAAACAUAAAAGCAAAGCCAAAGUUUUGUGAUGCUCCUGCCCUUUUAUCCGUCUGCUGUUAUUUGGACUUGUGGGACAUGAUUUGUAUGAUUAAAUUGCAUUGUUUUGUUGAGAUUCAAUGCUGUUUUGAUUAAAAAAUGUUAACAGCUUUGGUGUUGUGGUUU